UAACGCAUGAGGCGACAUAAUCUCAUUAAUUAAAAUCAUUUGAGCCUGCAUACUGCAUGUAAGUGGAUAUACCAUCUCUUGAAAUUUACUUAAAAUAUGGCUGUCAGGAACAGUGGAUUUUCGGCGACUUCGGUUUAUUUUAAAAUCGGCACAUUAGUUCUGUUGGUAAGCUUUAUACUUCAUGUUGUGGGCUUUUCGACUGCUAGAUGGGAUAUCAUCAACCAUUCCUAUUCCGGUACUAUUAAAAUUCAAAGUUUUCAUUACGCUGGAUUAUGGAAGCAUUGCGGAUGUGUAGAAUUUGGCGUUGAAACAUGUGUGUGUCAUUCCAGAAGCGGAGAUCCAGCAUGGUUCAAAGCUGUUCAAGCAAUGGAGACGCUUGGAUUAAUUGGGCUGAUAAUCACUGGAAUUAUUUCUCUGUCUCUGUUGUUUUACAAACAGACAAUGACAGUGAAAAACAUCAACAUUUUCCUGCUUGCAUUUUCAGGUGUCUGCAUUAUGAUUGGAUUGAUAAUAUUUGGAGUGGAGAACACAAAAGAUUUUAAAGACGUGUUUGCCAUUUUUAACGCAAUCGACAAUGUACAUUCACACGGAACCCUGAGUACUUCCUUCAUUCUGUGCUCAAUCGCUGCUGGCCUUUGCAUCUUCUUGUGUCUUCCUUUAUUUGCGGUAGAGAAACGCACACCUAUACCGACCCCUUUACCAAGAGCGCAACAGCAAAUGUUCCAGGCAGUUGUUCAAUAUUCGAAUCAAGGUCAAGUUAUAGUUCCGCCUCCGGGUCAAGCACAAGUAUAUAUCGGUACAGCUGGUCAACAACCAGUUGGUUACAUGCCAACGUAUACGUAUGGACAAUAUGGUUCGCCACCGGCAUACGCACCACAAACAUCUGUAGGGCAAUGUCAAACACCCUCUCCACAGCAGACAGAUGGCAUUCCGUACAAAGUGUAAAUCUUAGAUAUGGUAUACUGGUUAAAGCCCAAAGAACAAUUGUCACGCUUCAUUUAUCAAAACUUGUCAAAUGGCCGUUCAAAAUAUCACGCGGCAGAGAAUAUUAUGUUAUUUAUCAGAAAAAAAAAUCUUUAUGUUUUGAUAUAUUUAUCCAAUGACAUUCACUAGUCAUAAAAAUAUUACUUGAGGUAGAUGUAUUAUUACCUUCAAAAGGAAAGUCUUUAAAAUGUUAUGCCAUCUUAUUAAUAAGUAUUCUCCAUAUUUUUAUUAUUCAGGUCAAGUUAUAAAAUAUUUUUACAAACGUUUAGAAAGUAUGAAAGAUAUACCUGAGCUAGAUGUAAUUCUAACGAAAAUAAUGCGACAUAGGCUUUAAAACUGAGCUGCUGGCUAGCUCAGAGUCAUAUUUCUCUUAGUGCAGUGGGACUUUAAAAAAUGACCACAAUACUGAUUUAAUUAAUGUUUCUGUUAUUUUAUAUACAUUAUAUUUUCUUUUUUCACUUGUUUUUAUAACUAUUGAUAAGAAACACUUUACAAACCUAAGGCGUAAAUGGAUUUUUAUUUUACUGAGUGGGAUUUUUCGGAAAUUAUUUCCGUGACAAAAAUGAAAACAAUACAAAAAGGGGGUUUGCCUUAGUUGAUUUCUAACACCGCAGACCAUGUUAAAAGAGCAUAAAAAGUGCAGUUUGCAACGCUUAGUUAAAAAGUUGAAAAGAUUUCUCCAAGGGUAUAAAAACAUGUAGUAUCGGGCCAAAAAUUUAGGGUAAAUUAGGAUACCGGAAACAUUUUUUUUUAAUAGCCUUUAUAAUAUACAUUUAUUUCUUUUUUUACUUGUUUUUCUUAUAAGUAUUGAUAAGAAAGACUUUACAAACUCAAUAGCCUUUAUAAGGCCUUUUAUAAAGCCUGUAUUUAAUACGGGCGAAAAAAGCAUUUAUUAGGAGCUGUUCUAGAACCGCCACGAAAACUGUCGUUUGGUAACCACUGAUUUCCAGAAAGAGCUCCAUUGAAAAUAAAAUGACUGUUUUAUUGUGAAUGAAAUAAGAAGAAUCUGUUUCCUAUAGCAAUAUAUAUGUGAUAUCAAGAUAUGACAUUCAACGCCAAGUAAGACACUUUGCUCAACAUUAAUACGUAUCUUACCGUAUAUAUAAGAUAAAGAUGGUAAUUUUCAAACAA